AUGGAGGCCCUCAACAGACUACGGAACAGACUGGACAAGAAUCGGCCUCCGGGUAUAACUACAGUCAAUGAAAAGAAGUCUAUCAAUGUCCAAAGUGCCCCUCGGCCCAGCAUCAAGCCAAGUCCUUCACAAAAUGCAAAUGCCUCACCUUCAGCCGCUGCUUCAAAACCGAAACCAUGGCCGAUGGAAUUAAAAACACCGCAAUUCAAUAUAAACGUUCUUGUCUAUAACCUGAAACCAGGCUCUCUGGAUACUAUAAUUACCCGGGCACCAGAACGGGGACUGGGCUGCUGGGUCUUUGUCUCCUCCGGCCUCUUCAGUAUUGCGGGAGGCGAGCUAGUGUUGUUCCUGAAGCAUCGAAAAUCCGAGAACCCUGCGGCAUAUCCUCUUGACUUUCUACGCAUUUGCGAUCGUGUCGCUGGAGAGGCGCAGCGGCACGGCAAACGUAUUCGCCGGUGGCAGACUCUAGAGUUUGACGAACCCCUGUUUGGUCGCAAAGAAUUUCACACAGCAAUACUGGGAUUUCAAAAUGCAGCCCUUAUCGGAAUCGAAGAUCAAGAUGCCCAAAAAAUUACCAGACCAUAUUUUCACGUUACGCUUCUAACCGACGACGAAGCUGCUGUUGCCCGUAAAUACGGCUCCAUCCGGGCAUUCGUUGUUCGAACAGACUCACCACCGUUUUACCCUUUUCCACCAUUUGUGGACCGAGAUAGAAUUUCAGGCAGUACAGUGGCAGCCUUGGAGGGAAGUGCCUCGAUACGGACCCCCUCAAAUCAACUCCCCACAGAAGGUCUGAAUGUGGUUCAGGAAGGGCAAGGCAUUUAUUUACUGGUUCCACCCAACCAGGAGGAGAGCUUCAAGAGCUCAAUUCCAUUUAGAAGCACUAUAUCGCAGAACCCAAUGCGGAUCGAGUCUGAAAUCCACGAAGCUUGUGAUAGCGUGUACUACUGGGGACCAAAUGAUCGACAUCCAGCGCGUCGGCUAUGUGCAGGCCCUCUAGCAGAGCGGCUGACAGCGCUGAAUUUCCUGACAAUUUGCCCGAACCAGCCCGUGGCUGCAAUUAAGCCAGUGGAGGACGGCUGCCUAGUCUUCAUGUCAGCGACUCAGUCCAAGGAAUUCUUCGCAGCUUCGAUAUGUGGCUUUGAAUUCAACAUGUCAGCCGAGAGCAUGACAUUCCACCUGCGUUGGGAAUCGCCUUGGCCUUCUCCGGCACGGUCAAUACUCACUACUGAGGCGAUGUCUGCUGCAGCACCAGUAAAGAAGAAAGAAGCCAAAAACGGUGCCACUCACAUUGAGCUAGGAGGACUGAUCUUCCUCCGCAAGCCAUCAGAUGAUAGGAAUCUUAUCGUGGAGAAAUUCGGCGAGUUAAUAGAUGCCAUCGAUGGAGUGAUUAUGAAUACGAUUCCCAAGCCGAAGCCUGCUUCUUUGCCAGAAGGCUGUGGUGUCUGCGUCCAAUUCAAACUGCCAUUGGCGGUUACGUCUCCAUUCAAGCUGGCGACUUCAUCCUCCAUCGCGAACUCUGCUCUACCCAUCAACGAGAUUAUGGCGGGCCUGGAAUGUAUACCACGCAUCAAUGCUUUUGCUAUCCCGGAUACUACUGAAGUACAAGUUUUGUAUGCUUGCUGGGGGUUCCAAACAGCUCAGUUUGGAGCUCCGCCACCUCUAUAUAAGAUGAUACUACAUAGAAGAUGA